AUGAAAAUGAAAAAUCACUCCAUAUUGACUGAGUUCAUUCUGCUGGGUAUCCCUGACACAAAAGGACUAGAGACAGUUCUUUUCUUCCUAUUCUCAUCAUUAUAUUUAUGUACCCUCAUGGGAAAUGUGCUCAUCCUCACAGCUAUCUUCUCUUCCUCUAGACUUCACAUUCCUAUGUAUUUUUUCUUGGGAAAUCUAUCCAUGUUUGACCUGGGUUUCUCAUCAACCACUGUCCCCAAGAUGCUAGUCUACCUUUCGGGACAGAGUCAAGUGAUAUCUUUUCAUGGUUGUGCAUCUCAGCUGUUCUUCUACCACUUCUUGGGGUGCACAGAGUGUUUCCUCUACACUGUGAUGGCCUAUGACCGCUAUGUGGCCAUAUGUCACCCUUUAAGAUACAUGGUCAUCAUGAACCACAAAGUCUGCUCCAUUUUGGCCACAGGAACCUGGAUGGGUGGCUGCAUCCAUGCCACUAUCCUAACCUCCCUCACUUUCCAGUUACCCUAUUGCAACUCUAAUGAAGUGGACUACUACUUCUGUGACAUCCCUGCGGUCUUACCACUCGCUUGUAAAGAUACUUCUCUAGUCCAGAAAGUAAGUUUUACCAAUGUUGGUCUUUUGUCUCUCAUUUGCUUUUUCCUCAUCUUUGUCUCCUACAUUUGCAUUGGAAUUUCUGUAUCAAAAAUUCGCUCAUUAGAGGGCAGGCAACGCGCAUUAUCUACCUGUAGUGCCCACAUCACUGCCAUCCUUUGUGCUUAUGGUCCAGUCAUCAUCAUCUAUUUACAGCCUGAUCCCAGUCCUUUGCUUGGUGCUAUAAUUCAGAUACUGAAUAAUCUUGUAACCCCCAUGUUGAAUCCGUUGAUCUAUAGCCUCAGGAAUAAAGAUGUAAAAUCAGCCCUUAGUGAUAUAUUUUCCAAAAGAAGUUUUGGCCUUGAGAAGAAAUGA